UGAGGACUUGGUCUUAACUUUCUCUCUCUAUAUCUAUAUAUAUCUAUAUAUAUCUGUAUCUCUCUCUCUCUCUCUCCAAACAUUUCAUCAUAUUUCCCCACAAUAAAAAUCACCACACUUUCGAUCCAUCCAUCCGGCACUCUCGGUAACUUCUUUGUUUUUUAUAUUCCUUGAUGGAGGAGGGGACUAAGGCUGAAGCCCGUUUGAUAUCAGCCGCGGCUUUUGUUGAAGGUGGAGUUCAGGAUGCAUGCGAUGAUGCUUGCAGUAUAUGCCUUGAAGCAUUUUCGGAAAGUGAUCCUCCUACGGUUACGGGUUGCAAGCACGAAUUUCAUCUUCAAUGCAUUCUUGAAUGGUGUCAAAGGAGCUCCCAAUGCCCAAUGUGCUGGCAGUCCAUCAGCUUGAAGGACCCAAGCAGUCAGGAGCUGCUUGAUGCAAUAGAGCAGGAAAGAAGUAUAGCAAAUAAUCCGUCUAUGAAUGCUACAAUAUUUCAUCAUCCAACGUUCGGUGAUUUCGAGUUACAGCAUUUGCCUGUCAGCGCAACCGAUGCUGAGCUUGAGGAGCGUAUUAUUCAACACUUAGCUGCUGCAGCAGCAAUGGGCAGGGCACGCCAUAUUGCUAGACGGGAAGGUCAUAGAAGUCGAACAUCAGCCCAUGUUCGUCCACGUUAUUUGGGUUUCUCUGGACAACCUAGUGUACCUUCCCCUACUCGACCUACUUCUAGUGACGAUGUUGAACCGACCCCUGCAAUUGGAGGUACUCCUUUGUUAACCGUGCAUGAAGAGCCUGUAAGAGGAGGUACUGCACCAUCGUCCUCUGUUCAUACUAGUGAACGUCCGGCUUCACCAUUAGUUUCAAGUGUUGUUCCGGCACGUCCACAUGAAACUUCUUCAUCCGACAGAGAUAUGAUAAUACCUUUUAGUAGGUCGGGUAUGCAAUCUUCCCCAAACAACCAAGAUCGAGCUGGGCCUUCAGAACAGCAUUCAUUUUCAGAUUUUAAAACCAGAGUUAACGCAAUAUCAAUGAGGUACAAAGAAUCGAUCACAAAAACCACAAAGAGUUGGAAAGAAAGGUUAUUCUCCCGUAACAGCAGCCCCACAGAACACGGUUCUAAAGAUACAGAAGGCAGUGCAGGCGUCACAACACUAUCACGUAUGAUGGACCAUCUUCAACAUGACUUAUCGCCUAUUUCAAAUAGAAGUGACACUAGUACCAGUUCACCUUCUAGUCAACAUGGCCAUAACCCUCCAGCAAUUCCUACCAAUUCUGCAACUCAUAAUGAGACAACUUAUUCUAGUCCACUACCACCACCACCCCCUGAUUCUGCAAUACAGUAAGUGACCCACCUUAUUCAUUGGUACAUGUAAUUGUAGUUUUUCUGCUUACUAACUUUACAUAAACUAUAAUAUUUGUACAAGAUUUGAUAUUCAUAUAGAUAUACAUGUAUGAGCUGUGAAAUUUUAUUCUC